CAAAGGUUACUGCGCAUGCUCAGUUCAUCUGCGCAUGCUCGGUGCAGCCAAAGUCGAGAAUCUGGAGCGGGACUUGUUUCCGUCGUUACACCGGAUCCUGCAGGCUGCAGAACACCCAUGUCUUGCUCCAGAUCAUCCCAUGCCCUCCAGAGACAAGGAAAGGAAAUGGCUGCAGUGGAGCCGGUGACCUUUGAGGAGGUGGCUGUGUAUUUCUCCGAGGAGGAAUGGGCUCUGCUUGACCCGGGUCAGAGAGCCCUCUACAGGGAUGUGAUGCAGGAGAAUUAUGAGACCGUGAUCUCUCUUGCAGGAUUUCCAAUUUCCAAACCUAAUGUGAUCUCCUGGACGGAGCGAGGGGAGGAGCUGCGGGUCCCAGAUCUCCAGGGCUCUGAGGAAGGGGAGCGCAUCAGCGACAUCCACACAGCGGAGAGGACAGUGAGUGAGACCAGUGAGGAGAGUCUUCAGCAGGAAGGUCCUGAGCAAGUGGCACUGUGUGGGAUGUUAUGCGGAAGAUCUGAAGGGCAUGUUUCCCAGAGUCCUGAGCAGAGAGAAACCUGUAAGAGGCAGCACAAGCCAGAAAGGCAGCGGGUAAACCAUCCAGGGGAGGAACGCGGUAAAUCCUCUCACAGGAGCAGAGGGGUGAAAAGAAACAAAGAAACCGAUCAACAGAAAAUCCCCCAUCAAGAGGGACUCUACACUUGCAGUGACUGUGGGAAAAGCUUCUGUCAGCACUCAAGUCUUAUUGAACAUCAGAGAACCCACACAGGAGAGAAGCCCUUCAACUGCUCUGACUGUGGGAAAAGCUUCAGUCGAAGCUCAUACCUUAUUAAACAUCAGAGACGACAUACAAGAGAGACGCCUUAUAACUGUCCUGACUGUGGGAAAUGCUUCAGUCAGAGCUCAGACCUUGUUAGACAUAGGAGAAUCCACACAGGAGAGAAACCCUAUAACUGCCCUGACUGUGGGAAAAGCUUCAGUCAGAUCUCAGACCUUGUUAGACAUAGGAGAAUCCACACAGGUGAGAACCCCUUCAACUGCUCUGACUGUGGGAAAAGCUUCAGUCGGCGCUCAAAUCUUAACAGUCAUCGUAUGAUCCACACAGGAAAGAAACCAUAUAACUGCUCUGACUGCAGGAAGAGGUUCAGUCGGCGCUCAUACCUUAUUAAACAUCAGAUAAUACAUACAAGAGAGACACCCUAUAACUGCUCUGACUGCGGGAAAAGGUUCAGUCGAAACUCAUACCUUAUUAAACAUCAGAUACUACAUACAAGAGAGAAACCCUAUAACUGCUGUAACUGUGGAAAAAGCUUCAGUGAAAGCUCACACCUUAUUGCACAUCAGAAAAUUCACACAAGACAGAAACCCUAUAACCUAAGUUCCCUCUAAGCUUCAGGGCUGCGCAGCAGGCUAUCAAGGGCUGCCCAGGUGAGGAGAGGCCCCUCUUCCCCGGCCCCAACCCCGGAGCUAUUGUGGAUGGUUGAGCGGUGCAUCUCCCUCCGCCCCAGAGCUAACGCAGACGGGGAGAGACAGAGAGGCACUCUCUCUCCUGGACCCGGGCUGGUGUGGCAAGAGAGGGCUGGGGGGAAUCCUUUCUCUUUGGGACAGCCUGCAUGCCAAACCCCUCAUCCCUGGCCCUACACCAAAGCCUGCACCCCCAGCCAGAGCCCUCACCCCCCCAUACCCCAACUCUCGGCCCUAGCUCUGAGUGCCCCCCCCCACUCUGUGAACCACUCGGACCCCGACCCCGCCACACAUCACCUACAUAUUGGUGCACAUAACAAAAUUCAUUCCCGAUAUGGAUGUAAAAUAUUAGAAUGAACAUUGCCAAUAGCUGCUCUGAUUGCAGAACAAAGUUCAAUCAGAGUUGAUACCUUAUUGAACAUCAGAGAACGCACACAGGCGAGAAGCCCUUUAACUGCCUUGACUGUGGGAAAAGGUUCAGUCGGCGCUCAAAUCUUAACAGAUAUCGUAUAAUCCAACCAGGAGAAAAACCCUUCAACUGCUCUGGCUGCGAGAGAAGCGUCAGUGAAUGUUCACACCUCAAUUCACACAGAGAAUUCACAUAGGACAGAAACCCUAUAGCUGCUCUGACUGCAGGAAAAGGUUCAGUUGGAGUCAUACCUUUUUAAACAUCAGAUACUACAUACACAAACGAGAUCCUAUAACUGCCCUGAUUGCAGGAAAAGCUGCAGUGAGAGCUCAGACCUUGUUAGACAUAGGAGAAUCCACACAAGAGAGAAACACUUCUACUGCUCUGACUGUUGGAAAAGGUUCACUAAGCUCAAGCCUUAUUGAACGUCAUGGAACCCACACGAGAGAAAUCUUGCAGAUGCAAGUAGAAAAAAGCUUCAGUCAGUGCUUACACAUUCAUUCACAUCAGAGAACCCAAAGAUGAGAAAGACCCUAUGAAUUUUCAAGUGCAGGAAAAGCCUCAGUUGGAUGUCAGUCCUUGUUGCUCACCAGAGAAUCCACACAGGGAAGAACCCUUUAAAUGCCCUGAAUUUAGGAAAUGUUCAGUGAGAGCUCAGCCCUUAAUGAACCUCAGAGAACCUAGAGGGAAGAGUGCUCUGAGUCCAAAAGAGCCUUCUAGCACAACUCAUCCCUCAUGAGAUGUUUGAGAAUCCACCCAGGACACACAUCAUAAAAAUGUGCUAGCUAGGGAUGAGCAAAAUGAAUAACAUUUUUGCUUAUCCCUACAAAUCUCAGAAGGUCUGUCAUGGCUGCAGUAGCCAUGUAGUGAGGACAUGCAACAUUAUUAAAGCAGAGAAUGAAAUGUCCUUCCUAGAACAGAGCUAUGCAGAGCUAGAGGCUGAGAUGAGAUUCCCACAUUAUGAUAGAACUUGAUUAUGACUUGCUGGGAAAUCUGAAUGUUUUGUGUUCAGCCUCUUCAUUUCAGUUUGAUGUUAUACACCUAAACCCAUCUUUUUCUUGUCUGCUGUGACUUCUCAUUCAUCCCUGAUAGAGUUUUUAGGCUGGAAUCCACCAAAGGACUUAAGUCUUGUGACACUGAGUGUUGCAAAUACCUAACUUUUGGGUACCUUGAGUAUCAGAGAAAUAGCAGUGGGAUCCACAAGGACUUGAGUUAUGUGAUCAAGCCCCUUAUAAAAUGAAUGAGGAGAGAGAGGUGCCUUAGAAUGCAAUCCCCAGAUCUCUUCAUACUACAUGGGAUGCCAUGUAAGGUAACCAGUGUAGCGUGCUGACAAGGAUGGUAUGUCCUAAGCCCUGCCCCUUUAAUGGAAAUAGGCACAUAUCUCUGCUUCCAGUGCAUGAGUCAUGGAAGUGAGAUGAUGCUCUGAUGAUAGAAUGAUAGACAUUUUCAGAGGCUGUCUAACAGCAGUGCGGGAAUCUCCUUUAUAACCUUUUGUUCAGAGGUUAGGGUAUUCACCCAAGAUGUGGGAGACCAAUUCAAGGCCCCUCCCCACCUAAUCCAAGGGUUUAGAACAGGGAUCUGCCACCUCUCAGGGAAGUGCCCUAGUCUCUCAGAUCUCAGAUAUUCUGGUAUUUGAAUAUCUCAAUCUGUCUCAAUCUGUCUUAGAACCAAAAGUCAUUAGCUCAAGACAGAAAGUGAAAAUGACCCUAUAGACUGGUGGUUAGGGCACCCAUGUGUGAGGUAGAUAUCCCUGAGUCCAGUCCCCAUGCUCCAAUGACUCUCUAAGUGUCCCUGAAGACAAAAUCCUAAAUCCUGCCAUGAAGAAGAUUACAGAAAUUCCAGCUGCUAAAAAGUUCACAAAGGUUUAAGAAAUCAAUUGUUAUUGCUAAAAUUCCAUAGGGAAUUUCUGUGCUUAAGGGAAGUUGGAAUUUGGCCUUGAAGAAGAUAGUUAUUGCUUUUCUAGAAUAUUGAACCUAUUGGAGUUCAGUUCUGUUCCAUAAAACCAGACUCUUGGGCUGGUAGGUCCUGUUAACUGAGAAGUACUCAAGUCAGAUAAACCCAACAACUUCCAUCCAACUAUGAAAAAGAUCCUAAUUUCAAAAAGAAAAGAGUUAGAAAUAGUAAAAGUAUUACAGUCUUAAAAGUGCUUCAGAUUGGGGAAAAUUCUUCUAAACAGAAACUGGAAUGAGUUAUAGGAUUUCAGUGUGACACCAUUGUAACUAAAACUGACUUGGUGCUGUUUGAACCUGCAUGCUUUCACAUAAACGUUCACAUCCUGGGUAAGCACUCUAACCGCUGGGCUAAAAGCUAGGAGGGAAACCAUCUCCUUUCACCCUCCCACAGCCCUGGCUGUUUUAUGUGGAGCAAGGCAGCUUCUGAUCAUGCCUACCAGAUUGGGCCUCUGCCUACCCUCCCCUGGUUUUGUGAAUUACACUGGCGCUUAGGGGAGAAAAAAGAGCUUGAUUGCCUGGAGUGAGGCAGCCUGGUGCAUGCCCAGAAGCAGGAACAAAGGCAUCUAGAAUAUUCUUACUGCAAAAACAUAGGUGCCAAGUGAGUUUAAGAGCCUACAGGGAUAGAUGACAAAUGAGUGAGAGUGUUGUAAUCACAGGGGUGCCUAGAAAGGUGUCUAGGAACCUUUGUGAAUCCUGCCCCCCACCCCAGUACAAUUGAUACAUACAGACAUAGAGAUGGGCUCAGUUAGGUUGUCAAUAUGAUGUCCUGACUUGGCUCUGGGCACUAAGACAGGACAAUGGUUUAUUUGUGACUUUUUUGCUUUGAACCAGGAAGAAUUGGUGAUUCAUGUACCCCAAAUUUUGUAUGCAUUAUUCUAACCAUUUUCAGCUAGAGACAUCUAAAUGCUGCUGAAUUUCAAGCUGUAGUAAUCAUAUGACUGAAUUUCAUUUAAGAAUCAGUCUUAGCCUAAGAAUAUUAAUGAUUUUGCUAGAUUUUGUUAAAUUGACACUGAUUUAAUUCCAUUGUCUCAUCCACCCUAUCUAGUUUUGUCCAAUUUCAUUUUUUGUUUAAAAGUUUUAAUAUCAAGUCAAGUUAGAGUUUUAAAUUGAGUUAACCAAAUAUAAAUUCUGUGAAGUAUUUGAUACUAGGGCCAUGUUUAAACUACAAACCUUGGUCGAUGCAAGUUGCAUCAAGAUAAAGAUGCCUCAGCGUAUCACUUGCACACACGUAGACUUGGCUCCUUGUAACAUGUUCUUCAGCAUGACCUCUGCAGCAUGUCCUUUCCUUUUUCUGUGUUUUUCCUUCGGAGCAGGGGUCAGGAUAGUAACUGUGAUGGGUUGGAUCACAGAACCUGUCUUGGGAGCCACCACCUGGUGUGCCAAGACUAUUUCUACCCCUGCUUUCCCUGCCAUCUCAGGACUCCAGCACCCUGUCUUGCUGAGCCAGACACACCCAUCUGCUCCA